AUGUCCUCCGAAACCAAAGACUUUGAUCCCAAACCGCUCAACAACAGCCCCCAAUCAAACACCCAUGUCAAUCCUGAGGACAUAGCAAACGGCCACUACGGCCCGUUAGCACACGUCAACACAGCCGAAAGCCGUCUCCCAGCCUUCGGCGGUGAAUUUCAACCAGGUUUGUAUCGCUCCCCGAAAGACCGCAAGUUCGCCAACCCGGCGCCGCUUGGUCUGUGCGGCUUUGCCCUAACGACCUUCAUCCUCGGAUGUAUUCAAAUGAACGUGAAGGGUGUCUCGAAGCCGAAUAUUAUUGUUGGACCGGCUUUGGCUUACGGCGGUUUGGUGCAGCUUCUCGCUGGCAUGUGGGAGAUGGCAAUUGGGAAUACCUUCGGCGCAACCGUCCUCUCCUCAUACGGCGGCUUCUGGAUCUCAAUAGCUAUAACUUUCAUACCCGGAGGAUUUGACGUCAUGAACGGUCUGAUCGAAGAAGACAAGGGGUCUCCUGUGAUGUUCUACAAUGCAUUCGCUCUGUAUCUCAUGGCUUGGUUCAUAUUCACCUUCCUUAUCAUGCUAUGCACAGUCAAAUCAACCAUAGCAUUCUUCUCUCUCUUUUUUGUUGUCGAUCUCGCCAUCCUGCUUAUUGCACUUGCGUACUUUUACCCGAAUGCACAAGAAUUGCCUAAUGGGGGUCUUAUGGAAGCGGGCGGAUUUUUCGCUCUUUUGGGGGCCUUCCUUGCUUGGUAUAAUGCUUUUGCUGGAAUUGCUGAUGAUAGCAAUAGUUUCUUUGUUGUUCCUGUGUUUCAUUUUCCGUGGUCUGAGAAGAGACGGAGGCAGAUACAAGGGAACGGCGACGUCUAA